GAUGACCAGAGACUGCGGACAGUACAGGAGAUGACCAGAGACUGCGGACAGUACAGGGAUGACCAGAGACUGCGGACACAGUACAGGGAUGACCAGAGACUGCGGACACAGUACAGGGAUGACCAGAGACUGCGGACACAGUACAGGAGAUGACCAGACUGGACUGCGGACACAGUACAGGGAUGACCAGAGACUGCGGACAGUACAGGGAUGACCAGAGACUGCGGAAAGUACAGGAGAUGACCAGAGACUGCGGACACAGUACAGGGAUGACCAGAGACUGCGGACAGUACAGGAGAUGACCAGAGACUGCGGACAG